AAUAAGCUCAAGCUAAGCCAGGCCCCACUCUGAUGCUCAUGGAUCUCCCCACUCACAUUCCAUGUCUUUUUGUUUUAAUUCAUCUGUUUGUUUUGCAUUUUUUCUGUACUUGAGUUGAGGCCUGAGGGCAACAAACUAUUAACAUGAAUUUGUAUGGUAAAAGUAAAUGCAAACAGAACUCCUUCCCUGAUCCACUUUGCAACCUCUGAUCCAAUGUCAAGUGCUAGCAGAGAGGUUUCAGCGCACAGGAGACUAGAGGCUCCCUCAACCCCUGGCAGACCCGUUUUCAGCUUCAACAGUGUUGCAAAUCUUUCAAGAAAGACCUUCCCUUCCAAAUGGGACGAUGCAGAGAAAUGGCUCAUCACCACCUCCUCCCCACCUCACACUCACACUGCAAACAUAAAGAGGCACACUGACAACUUUCAGGUGUCUGCUGCAUCUUUGGAUUUGGACCACCAUGACACACUCCAUGCUUCUAAUGGGAUCUCAUGCUCCACACACAUUAUGUUAAAAGAAAAGUUCACAGACAGCACAGAGCCCAUUUUCCCAAAUUUGCAAUAUUCAGAACCAACUAGAGAAGGAUUUUUGUUUGGAGACCAAGCUAGGGAGGUAAUGAAAGAUGCUAGCAAAGAAGUGGUCCAUAAGGAUGUUGGGACGGAGAUGACACCUCUUGGAAGUUGCACAACUUCAAGAUGCCACACACCAUUCAAGAGUUCAUCCCCUGCUCGCCAUAAUACUCCUGCAAAUAGGUCAGGACCAUUGUCCUUCGCAAACCACAAUAACACUACCUGCACCAAUGACCUUAUUAGGCUGGAGGAGUGCCAUUUUGCUAAAUUGCAACUAGGAACACAAUAUGAUUCGGUCACACCACACUGGAGCACAAGAGAAGAGGAGGAAGAGGAAAUAUCAAAGAGCUUAAGACAUAAUGCUGAUUCAGAAUGCAAGGCUACUACGUGGGAAGAAGAGGAAAAUACCAAGGGCUGUCUCAGGUAUCAGAGAGAAGAAGCCAAAAUUCAAGCUUGGGUAGAUCUUCAAAGUGCUAAAGCCGAAGCACAAUCAAAAAAACUUGAGUGUGUAAAUACAAGUUGGUGUAAGUUGCUGGUUUGAAGUUGAAGUUUUGACUAAAAUCCAAAGUGCUUUGCUAGGCGUGCCGUUUGCCUUCCUCCUCGAGCCAGCCCCAGCUUAAGGACAAGAGCAUUCUCAUUAUUAUUUUCUUGACCACUCCACACUUCCUCAAUCCAAUGCAUAUCCAAUAAUAUUCUUCCCUUUUAAUAAAUAGAACUAUGAUCCCAUAAGUCAUUCUGUUCCUAAUAUUAUAUUAUGGAGCACAUGUGAUCAUUUUGUUUAGAUAUUCGUGGGAAACUUUGAGUAUAAAAUGGAUAGUGAAUAUUCUCGCACUUUUAUUUGAAGGAUUAGCACAUGUAUAAAAUUUGUUUGGACAGAUUAAAGGUUACAGUGGGAUUGACUAGUAUAUCGUGCAGGA